GCACGUGCGCAACCGUAGCAUGCGCAAGCAGCGUUACAGAAAUGGCGGCCGACGGUGGUAGCUCUUCUCUGCAUCUCCCGUGCGUUUUCUCCCCUAAAUCACGCCAGUACUUAGCUGUUUGUGCCCAGGACGGCAGACUUCGUAUCUGGAGCACCGACAGUAAAACUCUCCACCAGGAGUAUGUGCCUUCCGCUCAUCUGAGUGCCACCUGUACCUGUAUAGUGUGGGCACCAUGCCGGACAGUGAAGGAGGGACCUCAGAGAAAGAAGAGGAAAUCGGAGGCGGUGCAGGUAGAGGCGAAGGCGGACCUGCUGGCGAUGGGCACGGCAGCGGGUUCUGUGCUCGUCUACAGUACGGUGAAAGGAGCGCUACACUGCACCCUGGAUGGAGGUCACAGUGGAGGAGUGAACUGUGUCCACUGGCAUCCUGAAGACGGAUUAUUAUACAGCGGCUCAGAGGACACAAACAUCGUAGAGUGGGACCUGCAGACGGGCAAGACGCGGAGUAAGUGGAAAGCGGAUCGUGCGGCGGUGACCAGUCUGUGCGUGAGUCCUGACGGGAAGCUGCUGCUUUCAGCUGGGCAUGUCAUCAAGAUGUGGGACUUGGAGACCAAGGAGGUUUACCGGAGAUUCACGGGCCACUCCACGGCUGUGACGACCCUGUGCUUCGCCACCACACGACCCCCCGACAGCAACGGUCUUUACUUCCUGUCUGGAGCGGCGCACGACAGACUCCUGAGUGUUUGGCAAGUACGGGAAGACGGGAAGGACAAAAAUUCGGUGGUUUCCUUCACGCUGACGGGCGAGCCGAGGCACGUCGACCUGGUCGCCUCCAACAGCAAAGAGGAGGCGGUGAGGCUGGCGGUGGUGUGCGAGGACGGGCAGCUGCAUCUGUUUGAGCACUUCCUAAACGGGCCGUGUAAGAAGCCGCUGUCGCCUUCCUGUACGGUGCAGAUGUCCGACUCCAAGGCGUCCCCGAUGCCGAUCCCGCUCCUGGCGGCCGCGCUCGCAGCAGAAACCCGAUCCGUGAUGCUCGCUUACGGCAGCCAUCUUCAGCCGGCGAUGGAGAGAGCGGAACUCGACACCACAGAGAGACACAUCUGUUUGACCCGAGACGUUCAGACCAGCUUGUCCGUCUCCAUGGAAACCACCGUCUCCAAGGUGAAGACUCCGAUCGUCAACGCCAAAAGCAGAGUGUUGCUUCCCGGACUUCCCGGUCACCAAGCUCCGCUGAAAGGACCGUCGACGGGAACGGAGAAGAGGAAAAAGGAUGCCGACACCAAAGAGAUGUCGAUAGCUGAGCGGCUUCACGAGAUCGAUCUGUCGGCGGUCUCCGGUAAGAAAGGGGCUCCUAAAGUCGAGGCCUCGCUACAGACGGAUAAUUUCGCGGUUCUGCUGGUGCAAGGUCUGGAGAGCAACGACGCCAACAUCCUAAACAAAGUUCUACAAACCCGUCAGGAGACGGUGAUAAAGAAGACGGUUUCCCGGCUGCCCCUCCCUGCUGUCCUGCCUUUGGUGGAAGAGCUCACAAAGAGGCUCCAGGGCCACCCGUUAACGGCGCUCCCGAUGGUGCGGUGGCUCAAGGCGGUCCUCAUGCACCACACGUCCUACCUGGCAUCGCUGCCGGACCUGGUGAUCCAGCUGGGAGUCCUUUAUCACAUGAUAGAGAGCCGAGUGAAGAUGUUCCACAAGCUGACGAGGCUCCACGGGAAGCUCUACCUGCUGAUGACGCAGAUGGCGACAGACGACCGCAGCAACGCCGUGUCAGAGGUGGAGCACACGGCUAAGCUGGUGUAUGAAGAGGAAUCAUCUGAUGAAGACGAGGCCUCUGGCGAUGAAGCUCUUCCUCAGGAUGACUCUGAUCACUGGGACGACGAAGAGGAGGAGGAGGGGAUGGAUGAAGAGGAAGAGGACGGUUCCGACAGCAGAACAGAACCCAAAACCAACGGAGACGAGGACAUGGAGCACGGGAACGAGAGCGAAGAAGAAUGAAAGCGUUUCUACGUGAAAAGGACCUGAAAGAGUUAUUAUAUAUUCUGUGAUUUAAUUUUUCAGACUUUUGAUUUUAUUAUCAGAAAAAACCCAAAAAGGUUUUACGGGACGAGAGAACGCGUCUGACGCCCGAAGCGCCUCCAGCUCGCGGUCUUCGACCAUCGUCCAUCUCAGCUCUUCGUCUGACGAGUUCACCGUUAUAAAGAAUAAAGCGCUGAUUUUGGUUUCAGUUUGUCCGCAUUCCUGUUUCCUGACCAGCCUGUGGUCGGUGACUCUGAUUGGUUCUGUGGGUCAUGUGGGCUAGAACUCUGCCCAGGCGUGGAGCUGGGGUGGAGACUCGUGUAAAUCUGAUGUACAGCAAGUGUUUGUACGACACCAAACUGGGAUUAAACCAACUCUCCUCA